AGCCCGCCGUCCCCCCAGCUAGCCUCCAGUGCUGGAAGUCAGAGAGCGAACAGGGAGCCGCUGCUGCUGCCACCUCAACAUGGAGUAGCCAGAGCCCAGGGUUUACUGCUCACAAGCGGAUCCCACAGAGAGGAAUCCAAGGCGAGCCUCCAUCCGAAGACCCCGCCAAUGAUCCAGGAGCCGUAGUUCAUCCAGGCGAAGCGAAGCUCGGCUUUUAUUUAGAAAGAUGGCGAACGACUCUCCGGCUAAAAGUCUGGUAGACAUAGACUUGGCUUCACUGCGGGACCCGGCUGGGAUAUUUGAGCUGGUGGAAGUAGUUGGAAAUGGCACCUAUGGACAAGUAUACAAGGGACGACACGUCAAGACCGGACAGCUGGCUGCCAUCAAGGUCAUGGAUGUCACCGAAGAUGAAGAGGAGGAAAUUAAACUGGAGAUCAAUAUGCUGAAGAAGUAUUCCCACCACAGAAACAUAGCCACCUACUACGGCGCUUUCAUUAAGAAGAGCCCCCCGGGACACGACGACCAGCUAUGGCUGGUGAUGGAGUUCUGUGGUGCUGGUUCCAUCACAGACCUGGUGAAGAACACGAAGGGGAACCAGCUGAAGGAAGACUGGAUCGCCUACAUCUCCAGAGAAAUCCUCAGAGGUUUGGCCCACUUGCAUGCCCACCACGUCAUCCACCGCGACAUCAAAGGCCAGAACGUCCUGCUGACCGAGAACGCUGAAGUGAAACUCGUGGACUUUGGUGUGAGCGCUCAGCUGGACCGCACGGUGGGAAGGAGGAACACCUUCAUCGGGACUCCUUACUGGAUGGCCCCCGAGGUCAUCGCUUGUGACGAGAACCCGGACGCUACGUAUGAUUACAGAAGUGAUUUGUGGUCUUGUGGUAUCACAGCGAUUGAGAUGGCAGAAGGAGCACCACCACUUUGUGACAUGCACCCCAUGCGUGCCCUCUUCCUCAUUCCAAGAAACCCUCCACCUCGGCUCAAAUCUAAAAAAUGGUCCAAAAAGUUUUUCAGCUUCAUCGAAGGCUGUCUGGUGAAGAACUACACGCAGCGCCCGCCGACGGAGCAGCUGCUGAAGCACCCGUUCAUCCGAGACCAGCCCAACGAGAGGCAGGUCCGGAUCCAGCUGAAAGACCACAUCGACCGGACCAAGAAGAAGAGGGGCGAGAAAGAUGAGACGGAGUACGAGUACAGCGGCAGUGAGGAGGAGGAAGAGGAUCCCCCAGAGCAGGAGGGAGAACCCAGCUCCAUCGUCAACGUGCCCGGUGAGUCGACUCUGCGCCGCGACUUCAUCCGGCUGCAGCAGGAGAACAAGGAGCGAUCGGAGGCUCUGCGUCACCAGCAGCUCCUCCAGGAGCAGCAGCUCCGAGAGCAGGAGGAGUACAAGAGACAGCUGCUGGCCGAGAGGCAGAAACGAAUCGAGCAGCAGAAGGAGCAGAGGAGGCGGCUGGAGGAGCAACAGCGACGUGAACGUGAGAUGAGGAGGCAACAGGAGCGCGAGCAGCGACGCCGCGAGCAGGAGGACAAGAGACGCAUCGAGGAGAUGGAUCGUAGACGCAAAGAAGAGGAGGAACGCCGGCGGGCUGAAGACGAGAAGAGGAGGAACGAUCGUGAGCAGGAGUACAUCCGACGUCAGCUGGAGGAGGAGCAGCGACACCUCGAGAUGCUGCAGGAGCAGCUUCUCCGUGAGCAGGCCAUGCUGCUGGAGUUCAAGUGGCGGGAGCUGGAGGAGCAGCGCAAAGCCGAGCGCCUCCAUAAGCGCCUGCAGCAGGAGCAGGCCUACCUGCUGUCGCUGCAGCACGAGUCCAAACAGCAGCCUGGCGACAGGACCAAACCCCCCUCAGACCUUAGCAAACCUCCACAGACCUCCACUCUGCCCCCCCUCACCACGACCCCUCAAGCUCAGGUCCUCGAUGCUGCCGCCGUUUCUGUGGCGAGAGGCGAGUCCCCCAGAGCCCAGACCGUCCCCUCAGACGGCAGCAAACCCCAGGCAGCAGCGCAAGACGAGCCUGAUGAGACCUGCCCCAGCCGGCCCUCCGACUCCCCCAGCCCCCCUCUGACUGAAACCCCCACUGACUGUACCCCUCCCCAGGCAGAAGCUUUGGAGCCCGACAGGCCCAGCGAGCCUGUCAAUCAUCCUCCUCAGCCUAUCAGAGAGGCCGACGAGCGCUACCGUAAGAACAUUCAGGGCUCCCCUCAGAUCGCUCCUCCUCCCAAGCAGCCCCCUCUGCCUCCCCGCUCCUCCGAACCGUUCUCCAACGGCGGCUCCUCCGAGGCCUCCGCCAUGCACCGGCCCAUGGAGCCUCAGGUCCAGUGGUCCCACCUGGCCGCUCUAAAGAGCAGCAACAGCGCCGCCCCCUCUCCUCCUCCUCCGCCCGUGGUCGCUCGCUCCCAGUCCUUCAGCGAGUCCGGAGGCGGCGGCGGCGGCGUCACCUCUAGCUUUGCACAACUCCACCUGCGCUCCCAGGACCCCCACCAUCACCACCACCACCACCCAUCGCCCGCACGCACUGACCCCCAACCCCAACCUCCCCUCCGCCACCACCCUCCUCAGGGCCAGAGCGCCGGCGAGGAGGUCCCUCCCAAGGUACCGGUGAGGACAACCUCCAGAUCUCCCGUUCUGUCUCGCCGAGAGUCUCCUCUGCCGUCACAACCUGGAAACCAGGGUGGACAGAGGAACGCCGGGGGUAACGUGGAGCAGCGCCCCCUGUGGGACCGGGUGGAGAAGCUCCAGUCUCGUCCGGGCAGCGGCAGCUCCUCCGGCUCCUCCAACUCCAGCUCCCAGGCCAGUCCAGGGGACCGCUUCAGGCCACGCUGUGAGUCCCCUGCCUCUUCUAAAUCUGAGGGAUCGCCUCUCCAGCGGCCUGAGAACGUUUCCAAAAAACAAGACGAAAAGAACCUCUCCAGACCUGCUCGACCGGCCGACCUGACCGCUCUGGCCAAGGAGCUCCGUGCCGUCGACGAUGUCCGGGCUCCCCACAAGGUCACCGACUACUCCUCCUCCAGCGAGGAGUCGGGCACCACCGACGAGGACGACGACGAGGAGGUGGACCAGGAGGCGGGAGAGGAGUCCACCUCAGGGGCCGAGGACUCCAGAGCUGGGAGGCUGAGUAACGGAGAGACGGAGUCCGCCAAGACCAUGCUGGUGGAAGAUUCAGAGAGCGACCAAGCCAUCACUCCCUCCAAGGACGGAACUCUGGUCAUCAGACAGAGCACAGCAGACAUAAAGCGGCUGGUCAGUCUCUCGUCCUCCUCGCCCGGCUCUGGUCACGGCCAGCCGCCCGGCCACGGCCUUCCCGAGAAAAACGGCUUUGCUGGCCGCAUACACCACCUACCAGACCUUAUCCAGCAGAGCCAUCACUCCCCUUCCUCCUCCACAACCAUCCCUUCCUCCUCCUCCUCGUCCUCCCUUUCCUCCCUCCCCUCGUCAUCUAGCCAUGCCAGUCCUGCAGUGUCCCCACAGAUCCCCCUGGACGAGCUCACUGCCGUAGAGUCCCAGUCAGAGAGCAACUCCAUGUCCAAACACAAGUCUUCCUCUUCGUUCACUCCCUUCAUCGACCCACGCCUUCUGCAGAUAUCUCCAUCCAGCGGUAGCUCCCUCAACAACAUGGCAGCGUUUGGGCAGGGACGGCUGGCCGACCCGCUGAGGUCUGAUCCGUCCGUAAAGUCCUGUGGUCAAUGUCAACCGGUCAACACUCGUCCGCCGAGCGACACUCCGGAGAUUCGCAAGUACAAAAAGAGGUUCAACUCUGAGAUCCUGUGUGCAGCACUUUGGGGAGUGAAUCUGCUGGUCGGGACAGAGAGCGGUCUGAUGCUGCUGGAUCGAAGCGGUCAGGGGAGUUACCCUCUGAUCAACCGUCGACGCAUCCAGCAGAUGGACGUCCUGGAGGGACUCAACGUCCUGGUCACAUAUCAGGUACGGAAAGAACAAGCUGCGAGUUAUUACCUGUCGUGGCUCAGGAACAAGAUUUUGCACAAUGACCCUGAAGUGGAGAAGAAGCAGGGUUGGGUCAAUGUGGGCGACCUGGAGGGUUGCGUCCCCUACAAAGUCGUGAAGUACGAGAGGAUUAAGUUCUUGUGGCUGGCCUUGAAGAACGCUGUGGAGGUGUACGCCUGGCGCCCAAACCUAACAAAGUUCAUGGCUUUAAGGUAA